UAAAAUAUGUAGCGCUGUUUAGGGAAAUAGGUUAUUUAUCAUUUAAGACCAUGAAGAAAAUCUAGCGCUGUUUAGGGAAAUAGAUUAUUUAUCUUUUAAGACCAUGAAGAAAGUUGGUAGGCUUUAGUUUGAUUUUUUUAAUUCAUCUUCACAUAUUUUGAUCCAAUAUCCAAUCUGUUGAUAUCCUCUUUAAUUUUACGCUUUAACUUACGCUGUGGUUUUUCGUUACAGCUGUUUCGCCAGCCCAGGUCCAGAGUUUAACAAGAGUCUAUGAAUUUCGUACCUAGCGAAGAAUUAUGGAUUUUAAGUUGAUCCUUGAGGGUUAUUAUGCUGUUGGCAGUCCCUUCUACUGCUAAAUCGCUAUGUAAGAAUUGCUAGACAUUUUGUAAAAGUCUGAGUUAGCUCAAUUCCUUCAAGAAAAAAAACAACAACAACUUCGGAAGGCAAUUAAUGGGGGCUUAAAGGAAAAAAGGUACAGUGCAACUUCUUCAGCGAUUCAAUCGAUUAGAAAAUGAAGACUGCGAAAGCUGAGCUGAUUUUGUUUCUCGAACAGUUUUAAACUUUUUAAUUAAAUAAUUAAUUCCUUUCUUCCUUCAUUGAUUCAUUUAUGCUCUUGUGCAUUCACUCAGUCAUCCAUCUCGGCAGUCUUUCCUUGGUUGUUGCUUACUUGCUUGCUUCAUUCAUUGCUUUUUCUCCAUCCCUCCCUCCUUUAUUUAUUCUCUUUAUUUAUUAUUAAUGUAUUCUUUUGCUGUAUGAUAUUCUCUGUAUUAUGCAAAAUAAAAUGGUGGUUGUUGUUGCUGUUCUCCGUUCACUUCUAUUAAUAGAUCGAUGGGUCAAACUGGAUUCAGUAUGUUUUGGGACAAAGAAUAACCAGUAUGGUAGUUUCAACGUCCCUUACGGUGGAAAGAUUGCUGUCCUAACAUUGCACCACCUGAGCGGCUACGUGUCCUACCAGACUGGCUACAUUACUCACUGGUCAUUCUGGGGCUGUGGCAACCAUAACGUAUUGAAAAAUCAUGUCAAUGUCGUCAUAACAACAUCAAGCAAUCACGCCAUUUUGCCCCUGAGUCAAGUCUUCACACAUGGCGAUGGAAAGUGGGCAGAACUUCCCGGAUUUAACUCACUGUCUCCAGAGAUUGUCCUGCCGUUUUUCACUGCUUAUUCAGUGAACUCGGGCCAAGAGUUCCGCGUGUGGUAUGGUGAGGAUUUGGUGGACUUCUACGAAGCCGAUAACGAUGGAAGAGUCUGCAGCGAGGUUUACGCCCUCUGCCUGUGAGAAGCCCUGGCCAGAUUCCAUUUGCAAGCUAAAUUGAAAGGCAAACUUUUGAAUUUUGUUUUUUCGUUAUUUGCUUCCAGGGUUAUUUGCUUCCAAUUGAGCAAUAAAAUCUAAGGCAUGUGUAGUCUUCUUAAUUUUGCUACUCGUAGUAUGAUACGAUGGGCUGGAGAAAAAUACAUUACAACAGUUACUCCUUCUGGGAAAUAUUUCAGAUUUGCUGAUUAGCGCAAACGAGAGGUUUUUUUUAAUGUCUUGACUUGCUUCGCAGUUUCAUGUGAUAGCUGAACAAAAAUUUUAAUCAAUCACAAAUAUUCAAGGAUUUAGUUGGACCGUGCUACCUUCCUGAGUACCAAGAUGCCCCAUCAAGUGAUAUAAAUUUCUCAAAAAUAUCAAAGCUUAAAAAUUUCCCUCACGUCUCUAUGAAAUUUAGCUCGGCCAUAUUUUAGGCAGCCAAAUUAAAUAAAUUGACUAAAUUUCAUACUCGGACGUCAAGAAAAUAUAUUCUGCACAUUUAUUUCAAUGCGUUGGUAAAUUGAUUUCUGGUUAUACCUGUUGAACAAUUUAUGUUGUAGAAAAAAAAAGUUAGCUAUA